CAUUGUUUGUAUUGGCUGGGCUGCAGGAGUGCAGGCUGGGGGUACCAUUAGUGACAGAAGCUGGCUGCAAGUGGGACCUGGGUCUAUUUUCUGUGUUUACAGCAAUCCCACAAUGACAAUAGACAGAGAGAUAUAUGUGUCUGCUCCUGGAAAGGUCAUACUGCAUGGAGAACAUGCUGUGGUACAUGGGAAGAAAUCCAAGGUGGGGAUCAUACCACCAGAGCCGAUACCACAGAGCAGUCAGCCUGCUCUAUGCUAUGUUGCUUUGGCAGUGAGUCUGAAUUUAAGAACAUUCCUGAGGAUGCGGCCUUGCAGUAAUGAUACAGUUUUAAUAAAUCUACCAAAUAUUAAUACCAAGAGAAGCUGGGGUAUAUCUGACCUUCAGUCUCUGCUUCCUGCUUUCCAAUUGGAUUCUGAACACGAGCCUACAAGCCCCAGCCCAGAGAGUCUACACAUUUUAAAGACAUUUGCAGGUUUUGCUGAGGGAUCCACUGACACAGAAAGUCUCGCUGUAUUGGCCUUUCUUUACCUUUACCUAUGUAUCUGUGGCAAAGAUUCACCAUGUAUAGAAAUGACGGUGUGGUCCCAGUUGCCCACAGGAGCAGGGCUAGGAUCCAGUGCUGCAUACUCUGUAUGUGUUGCAGCUUCCCUGUUAACGUUUUGUGGGAGAAUAGCUGACCCGGGAAAUGAAAGCUCCGAAGCAUCGAGAUGGACAAAACCAGAACUUGACCUCAUUAACCGUUGGGCAUUCCAAGGGGAAAAGGUUAUUCAUGGAAACCCGUCGGGGGUGGACAAUGCUGUGGCAACUUGGGGUGGUGUACUACGAUAUCAGUCUGGAAAAAUAACUCCAUUGGAUAGGGUUCCCAAGCUGCAGAUUGUACUGACUAAUACUCGGGUUCCACGCAGCACAAAGAUCCUUGUGGCUGGAGUCAAAGACAAGUUGCUGAAGUUUCCAAGUAUCAUGGAACCAGUCCUGGCAUCUAUUGAUGCAGUUUCCCAAGAGUGCCAGCGUGUAUUAGAAGAUAUGGUAACAGAUAUGUCUAUGGAUCAUUACUCUGUGUUAGAGGAAUUGAUUGACAUCAAUCAACACCACUUAAAUGUAAUAGGGGUCGGUCACCCAUCAUUAGACAAGUUGUGUCAGGUGACUGCAUCACAUGGUCUGCACAGUAAAUUGACUGGCUCUGGAGGUGGAGGCUGUGCAAUAACUUUACUGCGACCUGAUGUGGAUCCCACUGUGGUGAAAGCAGCCAAGCAAGAGCUCACAGAUUGUGGAUUCAUGUGCUGGGAAACCAUUAUUGGGGGGCCUGGGGUUUCAGCACAUUCACCAUCUUCUCUGACAGACUGUGUUUUAGAAGCUUUAAAAAGUAAUUAAAUGUAAUAUUGGAACAUUAUUAAAAGAGCAAAUGUCCUCAUUGUCCCUUCAUGGUGGUCUGAGAAGAAUGAACAUCUUAUGAUAUUGUAUUUUUGCAUUUAUAGUUACCUGUUAUCGUUAAGAUAUAUAGCUGGGACUUUUUAAAGAACUCAAUGGUAAAGGUCAGUUGAUCAUUUUUGACAUGGACCAGAUCUUUGAAACCUAAAAUUAGCACAAUAAGUAACUCUUCAAUUGUCAUGUAAUGUAUUUUAAAAUAAAUUCUGCAAAACACCGUUCUUCAAGUGUCCGAAGGGUCUCCAUUGCUGCUCAAGUAAACCAUUCAUUUUUGAGCACAUACCUGGGUCAUUCAUUAUGGUGUGCCU